AAAUAUGGCUCCGCUUAAGUUCUGUGCUAAUAUUUCUUGGCUGUUCACGGAGAUGCCAGACUUCAGUCAUAGAAUACACGCCGCUGCCUCGGCUGGCUUCCAGGCUGUGGAGGCAGCCUGGCUCUACGACUCCGACUUGAAAGAGCUACAGAGGGCCACAGCGGCUGCAGGCGUGGAGGUGGUCCUUAUCAACACUCCGCCCGGAGAUGUUAAGGCAGGUGAUCUUGGUCUUGGAGCAGUUCCUGGAAGAGAGGCAGAGUUCAGGCAGGGUCUGCUUUUGGCUAUAGAGUACGCAAAAGCUUUGGACUGCAAAAGGAUCCACCUGAUGGCAGGAAGGAUUCCUGUGGGUUCACACAGGAAAGCGGUUGUCAAGGAGAUGGAGGCCAUCUUUGUACAGAACCUUACAUAUGCUUCUGAUAUCCUGUCAAAAGAAGGAAUCACUGGAUUGAUUGAACCAAUCAACACAAAGAUUACAGAUCCCAGGUAUUUUCUGGAUUGUCCUCAUCAAGCGGCUGUUAUACUGGAUAAAGUUGGACAGCCAAACAUCAAGCUGCAAAUGGAUAUCUUUCACUGGCAAAUAAUGGAUGGUAACCUGACACAGAACAUCAUAAAGUAUUUACCUAUAAUUGGUCAUAUACAGAUUGCUCAGGUUCCCGGCAGGAACGAGCCUGACAGUGCAGGAGAGCUCAACUACAGCUACCUGUUCAACACACUGGAAAACUAUGGGUACCUGGGAUACAUUGGCUGUGAAUACAAGCCACUAGGCUCCACAAAGGAAGGUCUGGGUUGGAUUAAAGAUUACUGGACACAGCAAGUGAUGACCAGGUGACUCAACCACAGAGCUAAAGAUUUUUGCAACUCAAGUCACAAAUCUGAAGUAUGAAAUUUGCUAAUGUGUUACAGUUAAUUAUUAUGUAUAUGUUCUGAACAUCAGUAGGCUUUGAUGCAAUGUUCUUAGUAACUGGCAUAAUCAUGAGAUAAAAGAGGCAUGAAAUGUUAUAAUUUUUCAAUAAAUCGUGCAGCCCUAA